UGGUCAGUUGAGCAUCUGCGCGGACGCCGCGUAGUCAGCGCAAGUCUGUGGCGCAUUACUUUUAAGUACACAUUAGUGUUAAUGAACUGUGAUUAAGUGAAAAUGUUGACAAAAUGGCUUAUACCGGCGUUGGCUUAUUUGUGUUUCGUGGAAGGACCUUUCAGGCUCCACCAUACGGUGAGAAGGCCAACUAUGAUCGACCGUAUACGCCACAGAAUUGUCCAUUUAAGGAGAGAAUCACAAUGUUCUACCGCCGACAACAAGAGCGGCGACUGCAGGAGUAUAUUGGAAUGCCCCCCACUCAGGGCUAUUGUGAAUAAGGCACGCCUUACGCCAGACGAGAUGAACUUCCUCAAAAAGUCAUCAUGUGGAUUCAUCGGCACAAUACCAAAGGUGUGCUGUCCAUCAGCCACUGAACAACCUCCUCCUACCCCAACUGAUUCGAAAACUUGCUUCACACCGGAGGGGAACCAGGGCCAGUGUAUAAGUGUUUUCCAAUGUGAACACAUUGCGAAGAGGUUGCAGUCCCCUACGGUCAGUGCUGAAGAUAGAGCUUAUGUUAACAGUAUUAGAUGUAUAAGCCCGAACUCCGGCUUCAACGUGUGCUGCGGGCCACCCCCAGGGCCACCGCCGCCGACCGGUCUGUGUCAGCCUUCCGCGGCACCGCCCGAUCCUAGGACAGAAUGCUGCGGGAUGGACGGAAGCAGCGCUAACAAGAUUACCGGUGGAAACGCAACAUCAAUCGACCAGUAUCCAUGGCUGGCGAUCGUCGAGUACAAAAAGGACAACAAAAUCAAGCUGCUUUGCGGCGGCGUGCUCAUCUCCGGGCGCUAUGUGCUCACGGCGGGUCAUUGCGUGAAGGGAACAGUGCUUGAUGCAGGGACACCAACAAAUGUGCGUUUGGGUGAAUACGACACAUCUAACAGCGGUCCGGACUGUGUACCCGUAGAAGGUGGCGAACCAGGAGAUAUGGACUGCACCACGGACCCGGUCAUCAUCCCUAUUGAGCACAUCACUCCCCAUCCUGAGUACAAUCCGCGUAACCCGCUGAGGAGACACGAUAUCGCUAUGCUGAGGCUUUCAGAACUUGCACCCUAUACAGAUUUUAUCCGGCCGAUAUGCCUGCCAAUGAGGGAUGUAACCUCCAGCAUACCGUCCUCUGGGAAGUUAUUUGCUGCAGGAUGGGGAGCUAUCAAUGAAACACAUUCUAGCAGCAAAAUCAAGCUACACGUCGACUUGCCUUACAUAAGCCUUGAGGAAUGUCAACCGGCCUACAACGUGCCCAAACGCCGUGUCACUUUGUGGAGCGGCCAGGUGUGCGCUGGAGGCGAGAAAGGCAAGGAUUCCUGCAAAGGGGACUCAGGAGGGCCUCUCAUGUACUCCGAGGGAUCCACGUUCGAGGUGGUUGGCAUCGUCAGUUUCGGCCCGACGCCGUGUGGACUGGAAAACAUUCCUGGAGUGUACACCAAAGUGUUUGAAUACUUGCCAUGGAUUAGAAGCAAUAUUCAGCCUAGCCAAUGUCGAACACCGAAAGGCGAAUCCGGGACGUGCGUGCUGCUAGACAAAUGCCAGCCGCUGAAAGACAUUGACCAGAACAACGCAAAGACUGAAGAGGAUCUGCUCUUCUUGAGGCAAGCGUCCUGCGGACUUAGCUACAACUUUAAACCAAAGGUGUGCUGCCCUCCGCAAUCAGAAUGGUCCUCGUUUUCACGGCCAGCGCCCAUAGAGUUCCCCCACCGCAAGCCCGUUCGGCCAACCCCCGACAAGGGCGACGACGUCUCGGACGCCGACAGGGAAUACGCCGAGUCGUCUGAUUGUCCGUCCACCCUCCAGGCACCGGCGCCGGAGACCGGCUGCUGCGGUAUUGAGACUAUCGGCGGCGAUAGGAUUGUUGGUGGUGAUAUAGCAACGGUUGAGCAGUACCCGUGGUUAGUUCUUCUUGAAUAUGCGGGGGGCUACACAUCGUGUGGAGGCAGUCUUAUAAGCUCUAGAUAUGUUCUCACGGCAGCACAUUGCAUUGGGGCCACAAGAUAUGGAGAAGCAAAGCGAGUCCGACUCGGCGAAUACAACACGACUUCCUUUCCCACUGACACAGUUGAAGUGUACGGUGGUGGUUUUGAAAUCCUCGAGGUGAUCCUCAUCAGCAUCGAACGUCAGAUAGCCCACCCUGAAUAUAAGGGCGGAUUUCAAGGUGGACCGCAUGAUAUUGGGCUCGUCAAAUUAAGCAAAAACGCUCCUUAUACAGACUUCAUCCGUCCAAUUUGCCUACCCUCUAAGGACCCAACCGAAAAAGCUAGCGAGAACCUCCGCUUCCUGACUGCCGGUUGGGGAUCCAACGGGACCGUCUUCUCCGACGUCAAACAGCACAUCUCACUCCCCUACGUUCCACCGAACAUCUGCCAGAUCCCAUACAAGCUUAGGCUUAACGAUAAUCAACUCUGUGCCGGUGGUGAGGAAGGUCGAGACUCGUGUAAAGGGGAUUCAGGAGGACCUUUAAUGAUCCAAUAUGGAGACACCUUCGAGCUAGUCGGCGUUGUCAGUUACGGUCAUAAUAAUUGCGGUACUAAAGAUGUUCCAGGUGUUUACACUCACGUAUAUAAAUACUUGAAUUGGAUUAAGAAAGAAAUGAUUUGAAAAUCCUUAAAGAUAAGGAACCAUAUUGUGUCUUAAUAAUUUUAAUUUCAACGCCUGUUUUGACACGUAAAUAUAGCUAAACGCAGCAAAUACAUACGCUAUGGCAAUGACACGCCCGCUCCAUUUUUCAUGUCAGCAUUUUAAAAGCUUUGAUGUGGUGUGUCUUAUAUAAAUAAGAA